CAAAAAAUUUUAAUUAGCGAAGUUGGUUUAUCAUCGUCGGGAUCCUAAAAUUAAAGAUUUACAAUGCCCCGGUCAUUUCUGGUAAAAAGCAAGAAGUGUGCGUCUUACAGUGGACACCGCUUUAAUGAUGAAGAUCAAAGCAGACUAAGAGACUUCCCUAAUCCAAUAUAUUGUUCUUUAGAGCCAUCACUGGUCCCCACAGAGUCUGAGGAGCCAGCCUCUCCAGAGCAACCUCAGUUGGGAGCUACUGUGGACUCUUCACAGACAGACCCCUAUUACAACAAGUGUGAACAGGAACCUCAGUGUCCAAUCCCCACCCUUCCUGAGCCGAAUGUGACUGUUAGUCGGCCUUAUUACAUGUCUGAGCCUCAGCUGGCAGAGUUUGCUCCCUACUACAAGACCCCCUAUACUUGGGAAUCUGUGACCACACCUUAUGACUUCAGGUCUCUGAAUUUCUCCAGCCCUAUUCUCCAGCAUGCCAAUACUUUGUACGGGGCUCACCUGAGGCAGAGCCCAGAGUCUCCGCAGCCCCUGGACUGCAGCACACACUACUCGCCAACCUCUGACACCUACCACUGUAUCACAUGCGAGAAGGUAUUCUCCACUCCUCACGGCCUGGAGGUACAUGUCAGACGUUCCCACAGUGGAACACGGCCAUUUGGAUGCAGUAUCUGCCGAAAAACUUUUGGUCAUGCAGUCAGCCUUGAGCAGCAUAUGAAUGUUCACUCUCAGGAAAGAAGCUUUGAGUGUAAGAUGUGUGGAAAAACCUUCAAGCGCUCCUCGACCUUGUCCACACACCUCCUCAUCCACUCAGACACACGCCCUUACCCCUGUCAAUACUGCGGCAAACGAUUCCACCAGAAGUCAGACAUGAAGAAACACACCUACAUCCACACAGGUGAGAAACCCCACAAAUGUCAGGUGUGCGGCAAAGCCUUCAGUCAGAGUUCUAACUUGAUCACACACAGUCGAAAGCAUACGGGAUUUAAACCCUUUGGCUGUGAGAUCUGUGCUAAAGGAUUCCAGAGAAAGGUGGACCUUCGCAGACACCACGAGAGCCAACACAGUCUGAAAUGAGAAAGAUGACGUGAGAAAUGAUGGACAAGGAGUGUGGAUUGAUACAUGCAAUGUUACAUUGAAGGUUUUGUUGUUGUUGUUGUUGUUUUAUUUAAAGGAUUGUAAAUUAACAAGAAUAUAAACAGGUGAGAUAAAGUUGGAUGUGAGAU